AUGUCUUGUUGCGCAGCGAAAACAGCGGAAGAUAGACUAGAACCUUACGAACUUCGAACACUGUACGUCAGGCAGAUUAAAAGACUCGCUCAGAGGGGACUAUUUGGGCAAGCUAUAAGCGUGUUCAGAGAGGUGGGUUAACUGUUUUUCUUUUUCUCCUAGUUUUGUAUGUGAUAUGACAGUAACAGACAGUCAGUAACAACCAAUGGUCGGGUUUCAAACACAUUUCAUCAUUCGCGUAACGUAUUUUAAUAAAUGCUCUAUUUUUUGGGGGAGCGCUCUCCUCUGGAACAAUUUACUUUGCGGCCAUUCAAUGGGAAAUCUCCCAAUCAAACCUUUACUUAAUUUCUUUUUGUGGAUAAAUACCUUCUGGCGUUUUCCUGGUUUGUUUUGUAAUGGCUGCAAGACCACCUUCCUAGUCUCUUAAUUUGGUUUAAAUCUUUAAAGUUAAAAACUUUACUAGAAGCUCCACGGUAUUUAAUGGGAUGAAUAGAAACAUUAUUAUUUAAAUAUUUGCAUACUUUUAUGAUUAUUUUCGUUAACCUUUUCAUUUCCUUUUGCCCUCACAGCUCUCAAAAAACCUUGGAGUAACUGCUGCGACAAAAAGAUUAAGUAAUAUGGCAAUAUCAGAUCUUCUAAAUGCCAGGGAAUUCCCUGUUGAUAGAGAAGCAUAUCGAUAUUUAGAUAGGUAUGUUCCCUUUAAUUACCCAUCAGUGAAUGUCUUGGCUACAAGCAGUCAUUUCCAAUACGACCGCACUGUUAAGGACCGUAAAGAGCAGUUGACGGAUCGUACGCUCCGUACAAACCGUCAGCACUGCUAACAGUCCGUAUAUUCUGAGCACAUAUAGCCUGUUUCAGGCUUCGAGACAUUUCGCUGAACUGAGAAAGCGCGAACUCGAAAAUAAAACCGGAGGAAACUGGGGAGAGCAGGGGUGGCGGUGCGUCUUCCCCACUAUCUGAGAGCCUGGAACAGGCUAGAGCACAUAAGAAGAGUGCAUCUCAUUAUUACAUUAGGGUACAGUGUGUUACGGUUCGUUCGAUCAGUGCAAUAGAGCCAAACAAGCACGCCCCAAAUGUAAUAUUCCUUGUUCUUAGCCAUAAAGUGCAACGAGCAUAUCCCAACUUACAGUAAUGUUUCUCGUGGUUUCGGGUGCGACUUUCUCUUUUUGUACUAAAUAUUUCGUAGAUCAAAACCUGAUGAAAUGUAAUUUGACUUUUUAACAUUCAGAGUUAAUGGUCGUCUCCAGGGACUUUAAGUUUUCAUCAGCAAAAAGCAAGAAAAGCAUAUUUCAUAUCGUCAGCAAAUACAUAAAAGUCAGACUUUUUUGAAGAAUUGAAAAAUAUGUCUUUUAAGAACGGCAGAAGGACUCAAUGCAGAGCCCUACUAGUACAACAGGCGACUUACAAAAGCAAAUUUUAAUUUUCGGAGUAACUUCAUUUCUGCUGAAAAGAUAGUCGUUCUGAUGUUGUAAACUAUUGUUAGUUAGCCUAAAGUCACUUCAAAAACUCAUUAAUAAUUCAUAAAGAAAAAACAAAAGAACUUAAUGUUUAAUAAGUGUCUAUAUAUCUGAUAAAGACACACGUCCAACUUUUUACCCCCAAAUCUUAGUUUGGCGGUAAUCCAGAGAUUUUGAAGCCGUUAAAAAAACUCGUUUUCGAACAGUUCAUCCUCGUUGCUAAGGUCCUCUCUAGCUCGUCCAUACUGAGCGAAAGAGGAUCCUGGGAACGAGAAUCUGAGCAAAGAGGCCUGGAAAAAUACGCUUGUUGUUGGAAUAACCUGGAAUUAAUUCCACAUCCUUUCAAUUUCAUAAAGCUAGUUGUUUGUUUCGGUACUGAAGUUGUUGUUGGUAUUGCUUACUUUGCUCAUUCUUUUAUCUUGUGUUAAUUUUCAGGCUUCACGAAGCUCUUUUCUUUAAAAACGAACGCCAAGCCAGCCACAUGUGUAACCUGUUCAUAAAACAUUUCGAUUUCGAUCCACCAAGUGAUGUUGCAAACGAUUUGGAAGAAGCUAAUAAAGAGACACUGGCAAAGUCCGGUUUGUCAGUCAUAACCAUAUGUGGAAUGGAUUUAUCAUCAAAGAAAAAACUAAAGAAGCUUAAAGAGUUGUUGUCAAGAUGUCCCGAGGUUAAGAAGAUAGAGUUGGUGUUCUGUUCCCUGACCAACGAACGUCUUCUCGAGUUAUUUGAGGCAAUGAUGAAUCUGAAAUGUUUACUCUUUUUAGGCAAGUGGCUGCUAUGUUCUGAAAAGGGGACAGCGUGGCCGAGCGGUUAGAGCGCCAGAAUUGCAGUUUGGAGGCCCCGAGUUCAUUCCCCGACCAAAUUGCUCGCUGGAUUUGUUUUCGGUAGUUCCGAGUUGAACUCCUCGUUCGCACUUGUAAAUAGCUAACUGGUUUGCCUCCGGCCAGUUGGGAUUUUUCACUUUUUUAUGCUUAUUUCAAUUAUUUGUUUCUGCCGUAUAUGUGGGCCACAACGGGUUGCCCAUUGGGUCACCAGCAAUUGUGUUACCAAUAUAAAGUCAACUACCUAUCCGAAUGAUUGCAACAUCUUUUACAUAACGAGCUUGUCUGUUCGGAUCGUUCCCCGUUCUCACGUAACCUUUUUUCUAUCUAGGUUUGCGUGGCAACAAACUUGAUAACAGAGUCGUUUUCAAGCUUCAUAAAUUAUUGGAAGAACCGGACAAUUUCCCUGCUCUGGUAUGGACAGACGUCAGAAACAACAAAGGGAUUAUUACUAUUUCAGGAGCCUUCGUACAGCUUUUAAUGCAAAGGAGGUUAACGUUUAACGCUGAAAAAGCGGACACACCAGAUGAAAGAGUGGGCAUCAGUGUUCAAGAUGCCAUGAACGGAAAAGUGUGUUAG